AUGAGUAGCGUAUUGCCGAAAACUGAUGCGCCCAAGGUGGGCGUGAACGACGCCAUUGCUGCGUUGCCCGCCUACAAGUCCCUCAGCUCCUUCGUCAAGACCGAAGGGGCAACCGACAAGAAGGCACUCGAAAAUACCGUUGACGAGUUCAAGGAUUUGGCAAAGAAGUCCGAAUCUCAGAUCGAAGAUUUUCUCUGGGAUACAUACAACGCCAUCUUUGCCGUUGCUAAGCAGACCCCUCCAGAGAAACAAACUCCGCUCCUCGAUUUCCUGCAACGCCUGCGCGAGACCACUGUCACAGCCUCGGAUGGUCAGCCCCUGAAAUUGAACAACCAAGUCGUCUGGAAGGAUCUCCCCACCUUUGGAUGGGUUGCCCGUGAUCUGUGGAACUUUGACACCUCCGACGCCUCCGCAUCAGCAGAAGAAAAGGCAAGCUGGACAAACCUCUCCGCCUUCGCCGCCCAGCUCACCGCCCGCGCCGACCUUACCAACUCCCAAGACCCUCUUGAUUUCUCCCUCUACGCCCUCUGGGCCCUGCGCGAGGCCUUCGAGGAAGACUUUGCUGCAGCGAGUGUAGAACGUAAUUCUAUUGCCACUAGGCUGGCUUACCAAUGGCUGUCGUACGCCCCGGACGCGCUGCAUGAUUUGAGUCUCAAGGGACGCGACUUUGACGGCAAGUCUGGCAAGCCGGGGAGCAAGUUUGCGGAUCGCGAGUGGAAGGGAAUGAACGAGGCGAGGUAUGGUGUCUGGGCCGAUAGCAUUAUGUCGAUAUCGCAGACGGCUUCUGAUGAGGAGGUGCGCGCCCUCGCUAGGGAGGCUGCCGCAAAGCUGAAGACUAAAUAG